AUAAAGCUCUUCCUCACCUGGGCAGGGAGCUCGCGGGUCGCUUAUCCCCACCUCCGCUCCCCCAGCCGAGGCUGCGACGGCGCGGGGAGGUCGGAGCAAAGGCGAUAUUCGACCGGCGGGUGCGGGAAUCGCCGCGGAGGUAUGUCAGCCCGCAGGCUGCCGGCCCUCCCCGGCGGCUCCGGGGUUGACAUUUAACCGGCAAAGAGAGCAAGGGGACAGAAAAUAGAGAGGAGUGGGGAAAAAAAAAAAAAAAAAAGGAAAGGAAAGGCCGAGCCUGGAAAUCAGCUAGUGGCAGCGAAGCAGCGAAUUCCCUCUUUGCCUUCGGAAGAAUUUCUUGGCUGGUCGUGUGGGUGACUGUUAUUUGGCUUGUUGCAGAGGAUUUGGACACUGAGUCAGCCCCAGCGCUAAUGAGUCGCUUGUGCGUUGGAGCUCGCGUCGAGGAAACUGUUGGACUUCAUAUUCAAAGCAGCCUGAAGCCUUCAGAGCUGCAGGAGGAAGAGGAUGGACGUGCUGCCAAGGGUGUGUGCUGGGCUGCUCCUCCUGUCCCUGCUCUGCGCCACAGGCCUCUGCCAGAGGAUCAAAAACAACCGAUGCGUGUCGUCCCGGGCCAAGAGCUGCACUGAGUGUGUCCACGUGGACAAGGACUGCUCCUUCUGCACGGAUGAGAGUUUCAAAGAGCCUCGCUGCGACUUGCGGGAGAACUUGCUGCGAUACGGCUGCGAGGAGGCCAGUAUUGUGUACAUGAGAGGCGAGAUGAGGACUCUGCAGAAUAUCACCAUCAGCAAGUCCCAGAGGAGGACCGAGGUGUCCCCCCAGAGCAUGUUCAUGCGGCUGCGAGCUGGGGAGGAGAUGAACUUUGACAUGGCUGUCUUCCAGCCCCUCGAGAGCCCUGUGGAUCUCUACAUCCUCAUGGACUUCUCCUACUCUAUGUCUGAUGAUCUGGACAACCUCAAAAGCAUGGGCCAAAAGCUAGCGACGUUCCUGCAAGCCCUGACCAGCAAUUACACCAUUGGAUUUGGCAAGUUUGUGGACAAAGUCUCAUCCCCUCAGACAGACAUGAGACCUGAGAAGCUGCGUGAGCCCUGGAACAAUGCUGAUUCCCCCUUCUCCUUCAAGAACGUCAUCCGCCUGACCAGCGACAUUGACUCCUUCAGCAAGGAGCUCAGGAAAGAACGCAUCUCUGGGAACCUGGAUGCCCCAGAAGGAGGCUUUGAUGCCAUCCUGCAGACAGCUGUCUGCAAGGAUAAGAUUGGCUGGAGGAAGGACAGCACUCACCUGCUUGUGUUUUCCACUGAAUCUGCCUUUCACUAUGAAGCUGAUGGCACCAACGUCCUGGCAGGGAUUCUGAGGAGGAAUGAUGAGCAGUGUCACCUGGAUCAUGAUGGCACUUACAGAUAUGACACCAAGCAGGACUAUCCUUCAGUGCCAACCCUGGUGCGCCUGUUGGGACAGCACAACAUUAUCCCCAUCUUUGCUGUCACAAACCAUUCCUACAGCUACUAUGAGAAGCUACACAAGUACUUCCCCAUCUCCGAGAUCGGGGUGCUCCAGGAGGACUCUUCCAACAUUGUGGAGCUGCUUCGCACAGCCUUUGAGCGCAUCCGCUCCAAGAUGGACAUCCGGGCUGACUUUGUUCCCAAAGCCAUGAAGACAGAGUUCACCUCCACCAUGUAUGAAAAGACAGAGUCAGGCUCCUUCCAUAUCACCCGGGGCAAAGUGGGCAAGUUCAACAUGCGAGUGAAGGCGCUCGAGUAUGUAGGCGGGCAACACGUCUGCAGCCUUCCCGAGAAAGACCGGCAAGGAGUUAUCAAGGUGAAACCCACGUCCUUGAGUGACAGCCUCAAAGUCGAAGCCUCUGUCAUCUGUGACGUGUGUCCCUGCGAACAGCAACAAGAGCUUGGCUCACCCAAGUGCAACUUCAAUGGGGACUUUGCUUGUGGCCAGUGCAUCUGCCACGCAGGCUGGCGAGGGGACGCGUGCCACUGCUCCACAGCCUCGUCCCUCAACAACGAGGCCUGCAUCCGCCCUGGGGACGUGGAGCCGUGCUCUGGCCGCGGCGAGUGCCUCUGUGGCAAGUGCCAGUGCUACUCCGAAGACCUGACCCCGCGCUUCGACGGCGAAUUCUGCCAGUACGAUGCCCUGCAGUGCCCACGCACCUCGGGCUUCCUCUGCAACGAUCGUGGCCGUUGCUCCAAGGGCGCGUGUGUGUGUGAGAGCGGCUGGGAGGGCCCCGGCUGCGAAUGUCCCACAAGCAGCGACACCUGCGUUGACAGCAGAGGGGGCAUUUGCAAUAACCAUGGAAGGUGUGAAUGUGGCAGGUGCAUCUGUGACACGGCUUCCCUGUACACCAGCUCCACCUGCGAAAUCAGCUACUCCCUGGGUUUCCAGGCUGUGUGCGAGAGCAUCCGGGACUGUGUUCAGUGCCAGGCCUGGGGAACAGGCAAGGUGAAAGGGAACUGCAGCACCUGCCACCUCCAGGUCCAGAUGGUGGAAGAGCUGAAGAAAGAGGAGGCCAAGGAGCACUGCUCGUUCCAGGACGAGGAGGACGACUGCACGUACCACUACACCCUGGAGGGAGAUCCCAGCGUCUUCCCCAACACCACCGUCCAGGUGCAGAAGAAGAAAGAGUGCCCUCCGGGAAGCUUUCUGUGGCUCAUCCCGCUGCUUAUUUUCCUGAUCCUGCUCCUGGGGCUGCUGCUGUUGCUCUGCUGGAAGUUCUGCACCUGCUGCAAGGCUUGCCUGGCCCUGCUUCCCUGCUGCGCACGAGGCCGCACCGUUGGCUUCAAGGAGGACCACUACAUGCUUCGCCAGAGCCUCAUGUCCUCCGACCACCUGGACACUCCCAUGGUGCGCAGUGGGUCCCUCAAGGGCCGAGACACCGUCCGCUGGAAGAUCAACAACAAUGUUCACAAGCAGGGCUUCACCUCCCUUGCUGCCACCAACCCCAAAGAGCUCAUUCCCUACGGGCUGUCUCUGAGGCUGACGCGGCUUUUCACGCAGAACCUUCUGAAGCCGGAUAGCCGGGAGUGUGAGCAACUGCGUAAGGAAGUGGAGGAGAACCUGCAUGACAUUUACAAGCACAUUCCUGGCUGCCACAAGGUCCAGCAGACCAAGUUCAGGGUACAGCCCAAUUCUGGGAAAAGGCAGGACCACACAAUCGUAGAUACUGUGCUCACUGCCCCUCGCUCAGCCAAGUCAGAGAUCAUCAAAGUGACGGAAAAGCAUGUUUCCCACGAGGCUUUCAAUGACCUGAAGGUGUCACCAGGCUAUUACACUGUGACCUCGGACCAAGAUGCUCACGGGAUGGUGGAGUUCCAGGAGGCUGUGGAGCUGGUUGAUGUCCGUGUCCCACUCUUCAUCAGGGAGGAUGAUGAUGAUGAGAAGCAGCUGCAGGUGGAGGCUAUUGAUGUCCCCACUGGUAUUGCAGAGAUUGGACGCAGGCUUGUCAACAUCACCAUCAUCAAAGAACAAGUGAGCAGCCUCAUCACCUUCUUGCAGCCGACCUAUUCCCACAGCCGCUUUGAUAAGGUGGCCAAGAUCCCUGUUGUUCGGGAGAUCAUAGAUGAUGGGAAAUCCCAAGUCACGUACAGGACCCGAGAUCUCACCGCCAAGGACGGCAGGGACUAUGUCUUCACAGAGGGCGACCUGGUCUUCCAGCCUGGGGAGACGCGGAAGGAGGUGCAGGUCCCGUUGCUGGAGCUGACCGAGAUAGACACCCUCCUGCACAACCGCCAGCUCAAGCAGUUUGCCAUCGACCUCCUGCACCCCAAGAACGGCGCCAAGAUUGGUCAAUACUCCCAGGCCACAGUGACCAUCGCUGACCCAGAGGUGGUAGACGGCAUACCCUCCCUGGCUGGCCUGAGCCAGGUCACCCAGUCUCCCAAAGGCCGCCUGAAUGCACCACUCAAUCCCAAUGCCCAGGCUCUCAGCUCCAGGAAAAUCCGCUUCAGCUGGUUUCCUCCUCCAGGGAAACCUCAGGGGUACAAGGUGAAAUAUUGGAUCCAAGGGGAUCCCGAGUCAGAAGCCAGGCUCCUUGAUGUCAAAUCACCGUCGGCAGAGCUAAGUAACCUCUACCCCUUCUGUGAUUACGAGAUGCAAGUCUGCGCCUACAACGCUAUGGGUGAAGGGGCCUACUCUGAUAUCAUCUGCUGCCGCACGCUGGAGGAUGUUCCCAGCGAGCCUGGCCGUCUGGCCUUCAAUGUUGUGUCCUCCACCGUGACGCAGCUGAGCUGGGCUGAGCCUGCAGAAACCAACGGGGAGAUCACAGCUUACGAAGUCAGCUAUGGACUCGUUAACGAGGACAACAUACCCAUUGGACCAAUGAAGAAGGUGCUGGUUGAAGAUCCAAAGAAGCGCAUGGUGCUCAUAGAAAACCUGCGGGAAUCCCAACCCUAUCGCUACAUGGUGAAGGCUAGAAAUGGUGCUGGCUGGGGGCCUGAGAGAGAAGCCACCAUUAACCUUGCUACACAACCCAAGCGCCCGAUGUCCAUCCCCAUCAUCCCCGAUGUCCCCAUCAUUGAUGCUGAGGGGGGUGAGGACUACGACAGCUACCUGAUGUACAGCGCAGAUGUGCUUCGAUCUGCAGCUGGCAGCAAGCAUCCCAGUGUCUCCGAUGACUCGGGCUCCCGGUGGAAAUAUGUGCAGUUGUUGGGAGAAGACCUGGAUCUUCGUCGCAUCACCUGGAGACUCCCACCUGAAACCAUUCCCCGCCUCUCCGGCAGCAGCCACCUCUCCUCAGACACCGAGGGUCUCCUCCGUGAGGAGGACAGUGACGUGGCUCCCGGCAGUCUGAUGAGGAGCGGGACCCCCAGGCCCCAAGCAGAACACUUGCUGAACGGCCGGCUGGAUUUCUCCUUCCCCGGCAGCGGGGGCACACUGACCAGGACAACAAACGCAAACUACCACCAGCUGAGUUCACACAUGCAGCAAGAGCACAGGGUGAUGGGGAGCUCCUCGCUGACUAGAGACUACUCCACAAUGCUGAUGGGGCAUGAUUCCAGGAUGCCCCUGGGUGUCCCCGACACCCCCACGCGCCUGGUGUUCUCCGCGCUGGGACCCACCUCCCUGAAGGUGAGCUGGCAGGAGCCACACUGCGAGAAGGAGGUGCAGGGGUACAGCGUGCAGUACCAGCUCCUCAACGGAGGAGAAGUUCACCGGCUCACCAUCCCCAACCCCAGCCAGAACUCGGUGGUGGUGGAGGACCUGCUGCCCAACCACUCCUACAUCUUCAAGGUGAAGGCCCAGAGCGAGGAAGGCUGGGGCCCUGAGAGAGAAGGUGUCAUCACCAUAGAGUCCCAGGUGGACCCGCAGAGCCCGCUCAGCCCUGUACCAGGUUCACCCUUCACGCUGAGCACACCCAGCGCUCCGGGACCUCUGGUUUUCACUGCCCUCAGCCCUGACUCACUGCAGCUAAGCUGGGAGAGACCCCGCAAGCCCAACGGAGCCAUCCUGGGCUACAUGGUCACCUGUGAGAUGCUGCAUGGAGGAGGGGAGCCCAGGAAUAUCUAUGUUGAAGGAGACAACCCAGAAACCACCCUGACUGUGCCUCAGCUGAGUGAGAAUGUCCCGUACAAGUUCAAAGUGCAAGCCAAGACCACCCAAGGCUUCGGACCAGAGAGAGAGGGCAUCAUCACUAUCGAAUCUCAAGAUGGAGGCACUUUCUCCCAGUUUGGAGGGCAGCAGUACAUGAGAGAAGAAGUGUACAACUUCCCCACUGAAUACACCACCAAAACCAGCAUCAGCCAUUCCUCGCUGGAUCCCCACUUCACAGAUGGCAUGCUGAUGACGACCCAGCGGGUGGAGAGCGCCAGCAGCACCCUCACCAAACAGGUCACCAAAGAGUUUGUGAGCCGGACUGUGAUGUCCAGCGGGACCCUCACCAAACAGAUGGAGCGGCAGUUCUAUGAGGCCUGAAACAGGGGAGGCCGCCCGCGAGCAGGACGGUGCCGCUCAGGCUAGCAGGACUUCGAGGAACGAUCCAAGGGCUGUUCAUCCAGACUCUGCCACGGUGCCUGGGCAGCUCCUCCUGCGAGCAGAGACCUUCCACGGCACUUCAAGCUCUGGACUUCUCCUGUAGAACCCAGGGUGCUCAAAGCUCUGCACAUCUGGGUCACCAGGUGUGUACUCACCGUGCAGGGCUCUUCCUUCCCCAUCCGGGCAGCCUGGGAUCUUUUCUGCAGAACCUACAGCGGGAGGUCUUCCAUGAGUUAUCACUGCUCGCUCCAAUACCAUCCCUGAGUGCCCACCCACCCAAAUAUACCUGCUACUGCAGAAACUUCAGGUGUCUCAGCUGCUCCAGCCUCCCCCCAAAAACGGAACAGAACAAUUUAUUUGUGGGUCCUCGGUUUUGAGAGGAUCCCAACUGAUGGCAUUCAGAUGCAUCCUGAUCUAUAGAGGGUCACAGUUUUCAUCUUUUCUCUGGGCUCCCUGGAACAUCUUCACACCCCUGGGGUCUCCUGUGGGGACUGGGCUGCACUGGGCAUUGCUUGGUAUUUGCUUCCACCUUCCCCCUACGGCACACGGCAGCUUGGGUUUCCCGUCCCCCUGCUGCGUCCCGGUCACUUCAGCGGUGGAAGGCUGUCCAGCAGAGUUGGUUAUUUGUUUUGUUUUUAUAUGAGAGCUGCAAGAUAGAAGUUUGGGGUAAUUAUGCUUUCUUACCGCACUUUUUUGAGUCUGCUCUUCGCUGUUAACAUUUGGUACCGCAGUAGCAAAGCAUGGCCUUUGAUUUGUAUAGCAUUACUCACGAUGGCCUCUAAUGCGUUUUUUUUGCAUAUGAUAUUGUACAGUUUUCCUAGUAUAUAUAUAUAAAAAUGUAUUUUAUUAUUUUAUUAAAAAAAUUGAGGUGAAUGAGGCCUACACUGAAUGUUGAGGAUACACUGGGACUGUGGCUGCUGCAAAACAGUAACUGUAAGAAAUCAGCUAAAGGGCUUGAUUCAAAGGCUUCUAAACCCCAUGGAGAGCCUGCUGAUGAGCUGGCGGGCUCUGCUUUGGCCCUGAUGUUCCCCCAGCAUCGGAGACUACAGCAGAGCGCUGCGAGCAGAUGUAUCUGCCCACUGCACAGCACCCACCAGCUCAGCUCUCUCGCCCCACAGCACAUGCUCGCAGAUGGGCUGAGAGCUGCUUGGAAGCGAAGGAUGAGGAUGGCUCAGUUAACGGUGCUUGGAGAAGCACUGAAAAUGGGACCAGUGCGUGGGAUUUUUUACAGGACUGACUUGGAGCGCAUGAGAUUUUGGACAGAGAAUGUCGAGUAACUUCUAAAAGCCCCUUUGCCCAACAACAAUGUCCAAAAAGGGCUUUGUGAACUGCUCAGUGAACACAAGGGGAGUGUGAGACUGGGAACAGCAGCGUCUCGCCUGUCCCUUUGAGCGAGCGUCUCCCUCCUGGCCCCUCUUUCAGCCCUUGGCUUUAGCCGCUCUCCGACUGUGCUGGGUGCAGGGCUGAGCUAAGACCUUGCUUUACCUGGCUUUGGGCAAGACACCUGGCUUCUGCCAACCCUCUGCCAACAGGGAACACUUGGACCUCGUGUCCUAACGAAAAGCGAGUUUCUCUGGAUUGCUUCAACUGCACGGGAGCAGGCAAGGAGCCUCCCGCUAAGGGAUCCUGCCCGAAAUGGCAGCUGCCACCUUUCUGGGCUAGAGCUUCCAACCAAAACAGCAGCUGGCUGGUCUCCCUGGCUGCAUUGCCUGUUUGGUUUGAUCCGACUCUGGACCUUGACUUCUUUUCUUUUGGAACCAGAGGAAGAAUUUCCAGCACUGACAACAUCGAGGGUUCCCUCACCCCUUACGGCUGUUCACUACAUCGGGAAGUUUUUUGUGUGUUUGAGCCGAAUCUGCACACAGGUGAGUAAAGUCCACAGAGGUCACCGAGAUUGCAGCUGGGGCUAGGUCAACCGAAAUAUUUCCGCAGACCUGUGGUUUUACUGUGCUUUCAAGAAGCACUCAGCUCCCCAAGCAAGUACCAGUGGCAUUACUCUGGCUGCCCUUUGGCUCCUCUCUCCUCCCCGUUGCUCCUGGGAGUAUUUCCAGCUGAUGCGACUCUUCCUGCACUCAGGCACCGCGACCCUUUCCCUGUGCUUCGCGGUACCAGCUAACACACUGAUCACAGCCUCAAAUGGGAGCCCCAUUUCCAAGCAUUUUAACCAAAGACUACUUUGUUAUCCAAGAGAAGAGAGCACAGCUCAUCAGCUGCUCCUGACUGUAGUGUCACCCGGGCCCUAACCAAGCAAGGCGGCUGUGCACCUAACCGAUGCAUCGCGUUAAACAGCGUCACUUUUUAACUCUCCUCUGGUCAGGAGGCUGCUGGUGCUUCAGCCUUUGCGAGGGAGGGCUGGCAGGAUGCUCUGGCAGCAGGUCUUUGAUCAGAUGGCUUCCUAUUGCACUCAAUAAAUGUUUUUCUCUACA